UCAAGGCUUGAACAAUUUAGAAUCCUUAGAGAUCCUGAAUUUUUGUGGGUGCAUGAUGAAAAGAUUACCGGCUCUCUCCAACUUGAGAAACUUGAAGAAUCUAUCCACUGUCGGGUGCGUCAAUCUAAAGGAGAUUCAAGGGCUUGAUAAAUUGGAAUCCUUGGAGAUGUUGGAUGUGAAUGAUUGCAGGACUAUGGAAAGAUUACUAGAUCUCUCUAACUUGAGAAACUUGAAGCAUCUAUCCAUAGCCCGGUGCUUCAAUCUAAAGGAGAUUCAAGGCCUCGAUGGAUUGGAAUCCUUGGAGAUCUUGUAUUUGAAUGAUUGGAUAUCUAUGGAAAGAUUACCGUCUCUCUCCAACUUGAGAAACUUGAAGCUUCUAUCCACUGCUGAGUGCUUCAAUCUAAAGGAGAUUCAAGGCCUCGAUGGAUUGGAAUCCUUAGAGACGUUGUAUUUGAAUAAUUGCAUAUCUAUGGAAAGAUUACCUGUUCUCUCCAACUUGAGAAACUUGAAGCAUCUAUCCACUGCCGGGUGCUUCAAUCUAAAAAAGAUUCAAGGCCUCGAUGGAUUGGAAUCCUUAGAGAUGUUGUAUUUGACUAAUUGCAUAUCUAUGGAAAGAUUACCGGCUCUCUCCAACUUGAGAAACUUGAAGCAUCUAUCCACUGCCGGGUGCUUCAAUUUAAAGGAGAUUCAAGGUCUCCGACGAUUGGAAUCCUUAGAGACGUUGGAUUUGAAUAAUUGCAAAUCUAUGAAAAGAUUACCGGAUCUCUCCAACUUGAGAAACUUGAAGCAUCUAUCCACUGCCGGGUGGGACAAUUUAAUGGGUAUUCAAGGCCUCGAUAGAUUGGAAUCCUUAGAGACACAUUGGAUUUGAAUAAUUGCAGAUCUAUAGAAAGAUUACCAGAUCUCUCCAACUUGAGAAACUUGAAGCAUCUCUCUACUGCCGGGUGUGUCAAUCUAAUGUGGAUUGAAGGCCUUGAUGGAAUGGAAUCCUUAGAGA